GCGGGCGGGGGCGGGGGGAGGAGGAAAGAGGGAGGCAGCGCUUCGGCGGCUCCGCUCCCCGCACUCCCGGACCCGAAGCCGGGAAGGUAGGUGCUGUCCCGUCGCCGCGCUCGGGCCCUGGGGACUGCCCCUGCCAGCCGGCUCCGCACGCCGCGUCCCAGCGCCCCGCGACUGCGUCACCGGCCCCCCGCACGUAACCACAGCUGCCUCCGCCCGCCUCGGGCCCGGGCGGACGUUUUGCCGCCCCGGCUACGUCAGCGCGUCCGGCGUUGCUUGGCUACCCCGCCGUUCCCCCGUCCCGCUGCCGCUCGCCUCCCGGGGUGAAACUCUGACGCCGUCACCGCGGGUCUCGGCUGCGUCAUAACUGCGGGCAUCCCACCUUCACGUCACACCUCCUCACCUGGACACGCAUCCCUCUUACCCUGCCAACCACGACGUUUCCUCUCCCUCCCUCUCCAGCACCCCUGCGCCAGAUCUGGCGGGAGAAGAUGGAGAAGGGGGUGGGACUGAGUUGCGGAGCACGCUCAGGAGAGGGUCGAAGUCUAGAUCCAUUCUGGUCCCUAACUGCAUACAGUUCAACUCACCUCAGUUAAAUAAUGGCAGAGACAAGUCUGUUGGAGGCAGGGGCCUCUGCAGCCUCCACAGCUGCAGCUCUGGAGAAUUUACAGGUGGAAGCAAGUUGCUCUGUGUGCCUGGAGUAUCUGAAGGAGCCUGUCAUCAUUGAGUGUGGGCACAACUUCUGCAAAGCUUGCAUCACCCGCUGGUGGGAGGACCUAGAGAGGGACUUCCCUUGUCCUGUGUGUCGAAAGACAUCCCGCUACCGCAGUCUCCGGCCUAAUCGACAACUAGGCAGUAUGGUGGAGAUUGCCAAACAGCUGCAGGCUGUCAAGCGGAAGAUCCGAGAUGAGAGCCUCUGCCCCCAGCACCAUGAGGCCCUCAGCCUCUUCUGCUAUGAAGACCAGGAAGCUGUAUGUUUGAUAUGUGCAAUUUCCCAUACCCACCGGGCCCAUACCGUCGUGCCACUGGACGAUGCCACACAGGAGUACAAGGAGAAACUGCAAAAGUGCCUGGAGCCCCUGGAGCAGAAGCUGCAGGAGAUCACCCACUGCAAGACCUCUGAGGAGAAGAAGCCUGGAGAACUCAAGAGACUAGUAGAGAGUCGCCGGCAGCAGAUCUUAAAGGAAUUUGAAGAGCUUCAUAAGCGGCUGGAUGAGGAGCAGCAGAUGUUGCUUUCACGACUGGAGGAGGAGGAACAGGACAUUCUACAGUGCCUCCGAGAAAAUGCUGCUCACCUUGGCGACAAGCGCAGGGACCUGGCCCACUUGGCUGCUGAGGUGGAGGGCAAGUGCUUACAGUCAGGCUUCGAGAUGCUUAAGGAUGUCAAAAGUACCCUGGAAAAAUGUGAGAAGGUGAAGACCAUGGAGGUGACUUCAGUAUCCAUAGAGCUGGAAAAGAACUUCCGCAAUUUCCCCCGACAGUACUUUGCCCUAAGGAAAAUCCUUAAACAGCUAAUUGCGGAUGUGACCCUGGACCCUGAGACUGCUCAUCCUAACCUAGUCCUGUCGGAAGAUCGUAAGAGCGUCAAGUUUGUGGAGACAAGACUCCGGGAUCUCCCUGACACACCACGGCGUUUCACCUUCUACCCUUGCGUCCUAGCUACUGAGGGUUUCACCUCUGGUCGACACUACUGGGAGGUGGAGGUCGGCGACAAGACCCACUGGGCAGUGGGUGUGUGCCGGGACUCUGUGAGCCGAAAGGGCGAGCUGACUCCACUCCCUGAGACUGGCUACUGGCGGGUGCGGCUGUGGAAUGGGGACAAAUAUGCAGCUACCACUACGCCUUUUACCCCUUUGCACAUCAAAGUGAAACCCAAACGGGUGGGCAUAUUCCUAGACUAUGAGGCUGGCACACUGUCUUUUUACAACGUUACAGACCGCUCUCAUAUCUACACCUUCACUGAUAAUUUUACUGAGAAACUUUGGCCCCUCUUCUACCCAGGCAUCCGGGCUGGUCGGAAGAAUGCUGCACCACUUACCAUCAGGCCCCCAACAGAUUGGGAGUGACAGGUAGGGACGUGGGAAUAAUUGGGGUGAGGCAGGGUCAAGAGCUAUGGUCUUCCUUCCUGUGACCUGCUGGAAUAUCUUCAUGCCUGCCUGGUUCCAGUCCUGAGCCGUCCGGGAGAAACAGCUUGGUUUCUAGAAUGGUUUAUGUGGAUAAGUAGGUAAAACGGCUGGGAUGAGAGCACAGCCAUGUGUCCCUCCUAACUGACAAGGUGGGGAGCUGGUUCCUAGGGGAUUGUCUCCCCUGAACUCUAUCAGGUUUUCUAUUGCACAAGGACGGGUUGGGAAGGAAGGAGAGGCUUUUCCAGAAACAAAAAAAGUCUGUGGGAGGGUCUGACUUGCUCAAACCAGAGGAGGAAACAGAAACCCCUGUACAUCCUUUUAGAGGAUUUUUGACCCAGAAUGGUCUUGUUUCUUGAGGAAUAUCACAGGGGUCUGUGUACCUCUAGAUUGAAAUAACAGUGAAUGACAGUUGCUUCAUGAGUCUAGAAGUUGAGGAGUUUUCCUGAGGACAGAGAUUGGACAUCAGAAAGGUUAAAAAGAAGGUCAGGAAAGGAGACUAAAGGAACAGUGUCCUAGAGACUAAUGAAGAAGAGAGGAGUUUCUUUGGUCUUCUGUUCCCAGAAUAUGGUGCCAUUAUUAGUAGGACGGGCCAGAGGUAGAAAUGUGGGGAGGAGGGGUGAGAAGAAAGGAGAGAAACUCAGGUCCCCAGCCUUCAGCAGAAUUGGCUUAUUGCCUGCCUCCUUGUAAUUGAUUGUCUCCAAGAAGUUGCUCACUUUGCUCUUCUGAAAAGAUGAGGUGCAGAAGUUGUGCAAGACACAACUACCCUCUCACUACUUUCCCAAGGGAACUUGGAAAGGAGAGAGUCAGGUAUUAGAGGAAGGAGAAAGGUAUUUCUAUCCAAAGCCCUGGCCUUAAAAAAAAUUGCUAGGUUGCUGUUCAAAAGUUGUCCGCCUUGUUUCUUAGCUAAGGUGUCUAAGCCAGAAAGAGAGAAAGGAAAUGGAGUCUUCUUCACCCUGAAGACAGGGUGGAAGAAAGGGUAUGUAUACAGAAGGGCCAGAUAGGUAACUUCUUUUUACUAUGUGCAUCUGGCCCAGAACAAGUGUUCACAAAAGCCAGACUUUUGCUUGUUUUUUGCCAUCCUUCACCUUUUGCCAUUUCCCCUCUCAGAGAAUGUAAAUCAUUUUAAUGUUAGGCCAGAAUAAACAAUCUGUAGGGCACAUACAUUGUCAAAAAAGGUAAAGCAAUGCAUGCCAAACCAAACUAAAAUGACUUGGAUCAUCUGCUACUUGGGUAAUCAGGGGUUCACAAAAGAUUGGGACAAGAAACUGCAGUUUAUUGAGGAUGUUUCAGUUCCUCCUACCACCUCAACAGGACUUUGUCCAGACUCUCCUCUUACCUUUGUGCCUUGACUGUGGUUCUUUGUGGCAAGUUGCUUUGGUUGGUAAAACAUAAUAUGGAACAAAGGAUCCACUUAAGUAA